AAUUGAAAAAUGCGACAUCAACUUUUUUUUAUGGCCGAACUAAAUUGGAAUCACUGAAAAAUAAUUCAGAGGUGAAAGAGGGGGAACCGUCGAGCUGCAGUUGCCGUUUUCUGUCGGCGGCGUCUGACGGCGACACUCAGCCUGUCACCUGAGAGCUUUUUGGUGUUAGCUGAUAGCUGUUAGCUGAACCUACACAGGAAAGAUGAGUACGAAGCAGGUGACCUGCAGGUACUACCUUCACGGUGUCUGCAGAGAAGGAAGUCGUUGUAUGUUUUCUCACGACCUGAACAACAGUAAACCUUCAACAAUCUGCAAGUAUUACCUCAAAGGAGUAUGUGCCUAUGGAGAACGUUGCAGGUAUGAUCACGUCAUGCCGUCGUAUAAAAGUGGAGGAGGGGGAGGAUCCUCCAAUCCAACAGGAGGGUGUUCUGUGGGUGAAGCCUCACUCAGAGGUGGAGCUCGACAGAAUCUGGUCCUGAGAGACAGGGCUCUCACUACAGAGCGAAAGUCAAGACCUGUAUCCGACAAUGUGAGGUCAGAGGUCACAGUUGUUCCUCAGUCCUACGUCGAAGCCAUCAGGACGAACCUGGAACAGCAAGCCUCUCCUCCAGCUGCUGGGGAUUCACAGGAUUCUCUCCCGCCGCUGUGCCCCUAUGCUGCAGCUGGACAGUGUUUUUAUGGCAAUGACUGUACGUAUCUCCAUGGCGACCUGUGUGAGGUGUGCGGGCGACAGGUUCUCCACCCUCAUAAUCCAGAACAGAGACGAGUACACGAGAAGAUGUGUCUCCUGCUCUUUGAGGCAGACAUGGAGAAAGCUUUUGCUGCUCAGCUAAGUCAGGACAAGGUGUGUUCCAUCUGUAUGGAGGUUGUGGUUCAGAAGAUUAACCCGUCAGAGCGUCGCUUUGGAAUCCUGUCCGCCUGCUCGCACACCUUUUGUCUGUCCUGCAUCAGGAAGUGGCGCUGCACCAAGACAUUCAGCAAUGUCAUCAUCAAGUCUUGUCCUGAGUGCAGAGUCGUCUCAGAGUUCGUCAUUCCGUCAGUCUACUGGGUGGAGGACCAGGAAGAUAAAGAUCAUCUGAUCGAACUCUUUAAGUCUGGAGUUGGCAAAAAGGCCUGUAAGUACUUUGACCAGGGUCGAGGUUCCUGUCCGUUUGGAGGAAAGUGUUUGUAUCUUCACGCCCUUCCAGAUGGAACCAGAGCAGAACCGGAUCGACCACGAAAACAGCUUAGCGCCGAGGGCAGCGUGCGGUUCAUGAACAGCGUUCGUCUGUGGGACUUCAUCGAGCAGCGCGACCAACAUUCCGCCAUGCCCUUGGAAGAUGACAUCACCGAAUUGCGCGAGCUCUUCAUGCAGAUGUCCGGUCCGAGUCACGGGGAAGACCCAGUAAAUAGGCCUGCUCCAGACCAGUAGCAAGCAUCGCUCUCUAGAGUAACCUGUGGAGGCCAUGUCUGUAGAGUCAUGUGACUGUCCCCAUCUGAUCGCCAGGAUUGAUCAUUAAACUUUUAUUUAUAAUGUAAAUAAGUGACUCACCUUGUGGCAUCAUUUAUGUGAAGCUCAUCAAUAAAAAAAAAUACACAUUAGAUUCAUAAA